CCCUCAUUUCUUCCAACUCCGCAAAACACCAAAAACAAUGGCUAUAGAUAAUCCACCAUGCGAUAGAGAUGCAGAAGCUUUACAACUUAUUGAAGAAAUGACUAGCAAUGCCGACUCUAUUCAAGAACAGCUUUUGGCUCAAAUCUUGGAAGAAAAUAAAGAAGUAGAGUAUUUUAAAAGAUUCAAACUCGACGGAGCUACGGAUCGUAAAACGUUUAAGUCGAAGAUUCCGGUUAUUACUUACGAAGAUAUUCGAUCUGAUAUUCAACGUAUUGCUGAUGGAGAUCGCUCGACAAUUUUGUCCGUUCAUCCCAUUCUUGAAUUCUUUACCAGUUCUGGAACAUCUAGUGACGAAAGAAAGUUGAUACCGGUAGUUAAAGGAGAGAUUGAUCGCCGCCUUUCCUGUAGUCGUCUAACAUCUGCUGUAAUAAACUCGAGCGUGCCUGGAUCGGACAAAGGCAAAGGUUUGUAUUUCUAUUUUGUGAAAUCUGAAACAAGAACUGCAGGUGGGCUUGUAGCUCAACCUGCAACAUCUUACUACUUAAAAAGUGACAAAUUCAAAAAAAUUAUGUCUGAAGCUAAGGUUUACACUAGUCCCAUUGAGUCAAUUCUUUGUCCUGACUCGUUCCAAAGCAUGUACACUCAGUUACUCUGCGGCCUUUUGGAUCGCCAUCAAGUGGUCAAGAUUGGUGCAGUAUUUUCCUCGAGUCUUAUCCGUAUUAUAAAGUUUCUUCAGCUUAAUUGGCAAGAAUUGGUUCACGAUAUCAUGUCGGGAACACUAAACAAGCGCGUGAUUGAUCCUUCUAUCAGAAACUGUAUCGACAAGAUCCUGAAACCCGAUCCUGAAUUUGCUGAGUUAAUCCGAGUUGAAUGCUCGAAAGAGAAUUGGGAAGGCAUAAUUAAAAGAAUUUGGCCUGGUACUAAAUAUCUCGACGUGAUUGUUACCGGAGGAAUGGCACAGCAUGUUCCCACUCUCGAGUACUAUAGUGGCGGUCUGCCUUUAGCUUCCAUAUGUUAUGCCUCGUCGGAGUGUUCUAUUGGGAUAAAUUUAAACCCGUUGUGCAAGCCUUCGGAUGUUUCCUAUACAAUUAUACCAAAUACGGCCUACUUUGAAUUCUUGCCUCAUGAUUGUGACUCGUCCGGGUUGAUUUGUGACUCGCCACCGAAACUCGUCGACCUUGUCGAUGUUGAAGUUGGUAAAGAGUAUGAGAUUGUUGUAACUACUUUUGCAGGUUUAUAUAGGUACCGAGUUGGUGAUAUUCUCCGAGUCAGCGGUUUUCAUAACUCAUCUCCUCAAUUUCAAUUCAUCGGAAGAAAGAAUGUCUUACUCGGAAUCAAUAUAAACGAAACCGAGUUACAAAUAGCAAUCGACAAUGCAGCUCAAAUCCUGUCCAAAUAUAAUACAAGUGUGGUCGAAUACACAACUUAUGCCGAUACAAAAACAGAUCCUAGUCAUUAUGUGAUUUACUUAGAGUUGUUGAUCAAAGACUCAUCCAGUUCGCUGAGUAACGAGAUAAUGAGUCAAUGUUGCCUUGCAAUUGAAGAAUCGUUGAACUCAGUAUAUCGACAAGGUCGGUUUGAAUAUUAUUGGCUAGGUCCACUAGAAAUAAGAGUGGUCAAAAUUGGAACAUUUGAAGAGUUGAUGGAUUAUUCAAUAUCAUCGAGAGGGGCAUCAAUUAAUCAAUAUAAAGUACCGAGGUGUGUGAAUUUGACAUCAAUGGUAGAGAUUCUUGAUUCUAAUGUUUUAUCUGCAUAUUUUAGUCCUUCUGUACCAUAUUGGACUCUAGAAAAAAGAAGAUAAUAUGAUGCAUUGAUCAGUGGUAUUUAAAGGGUGGGAAAAUCAGAUACCAAUAAGUGCAAAUUUUCUAUAAAUUUGUGAGUAUGCUGUAUUUUUAUUGA